CACUGAGAGACAUAGAAACAUACAUAAAAAAUGGGAUAUCUUAUUGCUAUUGCCAUAGUGACUUUCACUAUUAUGAUGAUGUCAAAAAUUUGGAGAGUUUGUGUAAUUCUCUUCUGGAGACCAUAUGCAAUGACUAGGCACUUUCGAAAGCAAGGAGUUAUUGGACCACCUUACUCACUUGUUUCAGGUUCUCUUCAUGAUAUCAAAACAAUGAUGAAGGAUGCAAGGAAUAUGGUCAUGGAUAAACACUCAAACGAUAUUACUCAAAGGGUUCUUCCUCACUACCAAAUAUGGUCCUCCUUAUAUGGGGAGAGAUUUCUAUAUUGGUACGGAACAGAACCGAGGAUUUGCAUCUCUGAUGUAGAGCUGGCCAAAGAGAUUUUAUCAAAUAAAUUUGGUUUUUAUGCAAAGCCUAAAACAAGGCCUUCGAUAGUAACCAUGAUAGGAGAAGGUUUAGCAAUUGUCAAUGGAGUGGAAUGGGUUAGGCGCAGAAGGAUACUCAAUCCUGCUUUCUCUAUGGAUAAACUCAAGGUUAUGAUAAGUAGAAUGGCAGCAUGUACCAUUUCCAUGCUAGAAGAGUGGAAAAAGCAAGCUAUUGAAACAAAGGAGAAAUCAAAGAAAAUAGAGAUGACUGAAGAAUUUCGAGAGCUAACAGCAAAUAUAAUUGCCCACACUGCCUUUGGUACCAGCUUUGUUCAUGGAAGAGAAGCUUUUGAUGCACAAACACAGCUUCAUAAGCACUGCGUAGCUUCAAAUUCCGACGUUUUCAUUCCUGGCACUCAAUAUUUUCCUACUAAGUCAAAUAUUGAGAUAUGGAAGCUUGAUAGAAAAAUGAAGAAAUCACUACAAUGCAUUAUAGAAAGUAGGUUGCAAAAUUCUCAAUCAGAUUGCUCUUAUGGAGAUGAUCUACUAGGAGUAAUGAUGGAUACAGAAAAAACAAAUGAUCAUGGUUCUAAAAAAUUGAAGAUGAAUGAAAUCAUGGAUGAAUGCAAGACCUUUUUCUUUGCUGGUCAUGAAACCACUUCAAACUUACUUAAUUGGACCGUCUUUUUGUUGAGUUUGCACAAGGAUUGGCAAGACAAACUUAGACAAGAGGUUCAGCAGAUUUGUGGCAUGGAAAUUCCUGACGCAGAUAUGCUAUCCAAGUUAAAAAUGGUGAAUAUGGUCUUGCUGGAAGCAUUAAGGUUGUACUGUCCUGCAAUACAACUAGAAAGAGUGGCUUCACAAGACAUGAAAUUAGGAAAUUUGAUAAUCCCUCAAGGAACAUGUCUCACAAUCCCAAUAACAAUGAUUCACACAAGUAAAAAAUAUUGGGGUGAAGAUGCAAAUGAGUUCAAUCCAAUGAGAUUCAUAAAUGGAAUAUCUAAGGCCUCAAAUCACCCAAAUGCUCUACUUGCAUUUUCUGUGGGUCCAAGAAAUUGUAUUGGUCAGAAUUUUGCUAUGUUGGAAGCAAAGACAGUGAUGACUUUGAUUCUUCAAAGGUUUUCUUGGUCUCUUUCCUCUGACUAUGAACAUGCACCUGUUAACAACCUCACUUUGCAACCACAACAUGGACUUCCCAUCAUUAUUAAACCACUGCAGUUAUAAUUCUUAGUGUCUAUUGACACUAGCUAUCGUUUCUUCAAUAAUACUCCAACUUAUAAUUACUAUUACUUUGUAUCAAAAUAAUCAUUGGAUAUAUGUGAUUCUAAUAAAGCAAUGAAAAUGUAGAUAAGUGCAGGUGGAACUUGAGAAAAGUUAAGGUUGACAC